AUGGCAGCACCGGCAUCCCGCGCGCUCAGGCGCUGUAUCUGCACCGCUAAGCAGACCGCAUAUGUACGACCGACGAUUGGAGCCACACAACAGAGGAUACAGCGGAGAUGGCAAUCGGAUGCGGCUGCGCCCACAAACCCCAAGAUUGCGACCAUUGUCGACCAGAUUAGCCAAUUGACUCUGUUGGAGACUGCGGACCUCGUGUCAACACUAAAGACUCGCCUAAAUAUCCCUGACAUGCCCAUGGGAGGCUUCGUUGCUGGCCCAGGAAGUGCUGGACCUGCCGCUGCUGCUGCCCCCGCCGAGGAGGAGGAAGCCGCCCCCGCUGCCCAAGAAAAGACCCUUUUCAACCUCAAGCUUGAGAAGUUCGACCCAGCCGCGAAACCCAAGGUGAUCAAGGAAGUCAAGGCCAUGCUUGGUCUCAGUCUGGUCGACAGCAAGAAGUUUGUCGAGAGCGCGCCAAAGGUGAUGAAGGAGGGUGUCCCCAAGGAGGAGGCAGAGAAGAUUGUCGAGACGCUCAAGGCACUCGGCGCCACUGUUGUCCUAGAGUAG